UCUUCCUCUCUUUAGAAAAUCCAAUCCAAAUCCAAAUCCAACCCAACCAACUCUUCUCUCUCGCACCAUAAAAUCAUCCACUGGAAAGAACCAUGGCCACAUCUAUUAGAGUUGGAAAGUGACUAACCUCAACUCCUCCCCCUAUAUCGUCGCUAUAUAUAUAUAAACCCACCCCACGCCACUAACCCCACUUACCCCUAUUCCUCAAACCCCACAAGCCCCUCCACCUCCUCUUCCUCCCAUCAAUCUUAAUACCAAAAGUGAAAAUAAAAAUGCCCUCAAACCCUCCAAAAUCCUCGCUUGUGGUUCAUAGAAUCAACAGUCCUAAUAGCAUUACCACUGCCACCGCCGCUUCUGCCGCCGCGAAUAACCAUAAUACUUCAACCAUGCCUCCUCACAAGCAAGUUCAGAAGCGGUCUCCUCUAACGAGCGCCACCCAGGUCCCCGACGCUGUGUCACGCCACCACACCCACGUUGUCGGCCCCAAUCAAUGCUGCUCCGCCGUCGUCCAGCAAAUCGCCGCCCCUGUCUCCACCGUCUGGUCCGUCGUCCGCCGCUUCGACAAUCCUCAGGCCUACAAGCACUUCGUCAAGAGUUGCCACGUCGUUGUUGGCGAUGGAGAUGUCGGCACUCUCCGCGAGGUCCGCGUCAUCUCCGGCCUCCCCGCGGCCAACAGCACCGAGCGCCUCGAAAUCCUCGACGACGAGCGCCACGUCCUCAGCUUCAGCGUGAUCGGUGGUGACCACCGCCUCUCCAAUUACCGAUCGGUCACCACUCUCCACCCCUCCCCCUCCAGCACCGGCACCGUGGUCCUGGAAUCCUAUGUCGUUGACAUACCCCCAGGAAACACCAAAGAAGACACGUGUGUUUUUGUCGACACCAUCGUUCGGUGCAACCUGCAAUCCCUUGCUCAGAUCGCGGAGAACGCCGCCGGCUGUAAGAGGUCAUCGUCAUGAGCAGAGUGUAGACAAUAUUUUCCACAUCCCAAUACGCCGUCGUUUUUUGAGAUGAUCCGAUGCGCUCCAUACAAAUUCUCAUCGUGACCGUCGAAUGAUCGUCAUUGUCUAAUCCUUCUUCACGACGUCGUUUUGUUAAUCGCUUUCCGACGAGAAUGUGCCGUCCCGGGAGCCUAUUUUGCUAGUGUUACGAUCACAGUCAGACGCAAUGUCCUUAAUUUCCCAUUUGUUUUUUCUUUCCCUCCCUUUUGUGAUAUAAUAAUAAAGAAAUACAGCAUUAUGAAAAA